UCCCAAUUUCACAUUCACUAAAUCCUAAUUACUUGAAUUACCGUUCUAACUAACCACCAUGGAAGACAGCUUCAAUGUCCGAGUCGGUAAAGUUUUCGGCUCCCUCAAUGCUUCGUCUAAUUCUAAAUCGAUGCCAUUGAGCUCUCUUUGGAGCCUCACCGACGAGGAAAUCGAAAAACGAGAGUGGAACCGAGACAAGAAGACUCUCCAGGAGGACGAGGACUACGAAGAGGAGGGAGAGGGCUUCUUCCACAACUUUCCACCGAAGAACAAGAAGGAUGCCACUGGUUUUGGCGCGGAGCUGGGGAAGGAUCUCGAUGACCUAGACGACGAGGAAGAAGAAGGUCGCGCCUCCUCGAGUAAACAGACUAAGCCAGAGGAUUAUAAUGACGAGGAGUGGGAUAUUAAGUCUUCCAUUGGAAGGGACUGUACUCUUGAUUAUGAGGAAGAAGAAGAUGCUUACGAUAAAGUGGCUGUUGGCAGGGAUAAGAAUGAAGAUUGCCUUUACAUGAAUGCUGCAAAUGAUUAUGACAUAGAUGCGGAUUCUGGCAAUGUACUUCCAACUGCGUGCAAGGAUUUCAGUAAAGAUCCACGUGCCAAUCACAUUGCUGCAAAACUUAGGCUCAAGGAAGAUGAAGAAGAUGCUAAGAAAAGGCUUGAAGAAGAUGCUGAAACUGCUAAAAAAAUUGAUUCAUUGCAUGUGUCUGAUGGUGAUGCAACUGUCAGUGUGGAGGGUCACAUUAGUGCAUAUGAGAAUGGUAACCUGAAAUCCAUCCUGAAGAGAAAGGAUACCGAGUCAAAUUCAAAAUCACAGAAACGUGUCCGUUUUGAUUCUGAAUGUUGUAAAAGUGAUUGCAGUGAAGACCCUGAAAGAACAAAUGAUGUUCCAGGGGAAGUUUGCUCGACUGAGAAAGAAGACGCCAUGGUCUCCAAUGAGGUAUCUACUUUAUCUCAGGAUUAUCCAUCUGGAAUUCCAGAUUAUAUGCAGAACCCUUCAAAGUAUACUCGAUAUACUUUAGAAACUGGUGAUUUUGAUGAUGAAUCAAAUCGGUCAGCCUAUAUGGAUUUCCUUAAACUGGUUAGGAGGUCAGAUGGUACAGAACCACAUGCUGAUGAUGCUCCAAUUGAUCUUGCAAAACCAGUAACUUUUAUACCAAGGAGGAAAACUGGCGACGUGAUCAUGGGAAAAAGUUGCAGCGAGCCAAAACCAACCCAGGAAAGUACUGACAAGGAGGCCGUGCAUAAAAGAGGCUUGAUGAUUGGAAUUGCAGCUGGGGAUACCGAUGAUGGAGUUUGUGCAAUGGAGGAAGAUGAACCACAAACAACCACUGACAACAGAAACAACUCCCAGAAAGCAGCACGUCAAUAUCGUAUUAAAUCUUGCUCGGAGUAGCAUGAUUAGUUAUUAAUCAUCUAAUAAUAUUCUGAUCUGUGACUUUUCUAGUUUGUCUGGAGGGCAAGCGUUAUGUUGUCAGCAAGAUACUAUACUUUUGUGUAGACAGAAGGAAACUGGAUAAAAGAAAAGAUUAAAAAGAAGAGCUCGAUAGAGUAGGCAGAUUGAUUUGUUUAAUGAGUCUCAUUCGGCCUAUAUAUGGUACACUUAUAUUCAACAUUUAUUUAGUUUCAUUAUUUUUCUUUGA